GGAUCCUAAUUAAUCCCUUCACGCCACUAUCAAAGCCCUAGUGGUUGUUGUGGUUGUGGUAGUAGUAGUAGUUGUUCUUUUUUCACUUGUUUUGUGUGUAGGUGUGGUGUGGACCGAGCCUAUUGCGCGACUUUCGCCUUUUUCUUUAUUAUUCGGCUUUCCUUUUCGACCCCAUGCAGGCCCAAAUGGUAGCCGGGAGGGCGAUUGAGCAGUUCUGCAAGAAGGAGUUCGCCAACCUCACGCUGGGCCAGUGCUGGGAGGUCUGCUAUGAUCGCAAUUUAUCCCGCGCCGAGCUCGCCUCCGGCGAGGUGGCGGAGGCCAAAGUCAGCAAAAUGGACGCCUGCGCGCGGAAGUGCGUCUCGCGGAACUUCGAGGUGAUGCGGUUGAUCAUGGAGAGCCGCGAAACGCGUGAGAAGGAGGCGAUUCAGGCCAUGGGAGUGUAG